CCGCACCUUUCUGCGCGCCAUGGCCAGGGAGGCCUCCUCGGUCCGGCCGGAAGACCCCGCCGCCGCCGCGCCUGGCGCCGGAAGCGGCGGGUGUCCCCCGCAAAUGAGUCCGGGCGCAGCCGGAAGCGGAGAAGGGGCCGGGCGGGCCAUGGCGAGGGCUGGGCUCGGGAGGGCCGGGGGCGUCCGCCGGGGCCCGGGGCCGCGGCGGCCCCCGACGUGGGAGAUCUCGGAUUCGGACGCCGAGGGCCCGGCUGGCGCGGAGACCCCCGCGAGGGCCCGGGACCCGGCUGGAGAGCGCAGGCCGGCGGCCGAGGCGCUGCGGCGGCUGCGGCCUGGGCAGGCGGUGCGUCGCUUGGCGGUGCUCGUGGACCCAGCCGUCCUGGAAGACGCCGGUGCCGACACCCUGAUGGAGGCCCUGCACGCCCUGGGCUGUGAGCCCCGCGCGGAGCCGCAGCGCCCGGCGCGGAGCCUCCGCUGGAGCCGAGCGAGCCCAGACCCUUGUCCGCGCGGUGUGCCCCCUGAGGUGUGGGCUGAGGAUGAGCCCCACGUGCUGCGGCUGCUGGAGCCUGAAGAAUUUGUGCGGGGCGUUGUCCAGCUGACCCAGACCUUCCUGUGGGAAGCACAGGGCUGGUUUUCUGGAGAGCAGGCCGGGCGGAGGAGUCCACCCCGCCCCUCCCAGCACCGAGGGCUCCUUCUUGGGCUGGCUCCUCUGCUUCCUGCAAGCUGGCGCUGGCCGGUGGACCCCGCCUGCCGCAGCCCUGAGGAACAGGUGAGCCUCCUUGGCUUGCAGGUAUGUGGCCCGACCUGUUCCAUGCCCUGGGUCACACCUGAGAGCCCUGGCUGUCUCCACCUAGCUGUCAUCGGGCUGGACACUUACCUGUGGUCUCAGCAGCCCACCGCCCAGGAGACACAGCAGCCAGAGCAUCUAGCGGUCACUUGCACCGAGGCGGCGGUCGGCUGGCCUGAGGUGGAGGAGGUGAGGCAGUCAGGCCCUGGUGCACCUGCAGCUCUGGGCGAACGUGGACGUGCUGCUGGUGGCCUCCUGGCAGGAGCUGAGCCAACAUGUGUGCGCCUUCACCAAAGCCCUCGCCCAGCGCCCCUUCAAGCCCGGGAGUCUGGGGCCUUCCCCUUCUGCACCUCUGGGCGCUGGACGGCAGGCGAGCGAGUGGCCAGAGACGGCAUGGGGCUUCGGGGGGCCUGGUGGCGGCAGGUCAGGCAGUUCAACCGCGUCAGCCCAGCCGUGGCCGAUGCCGUUGUCAGCGCCUUCCCAUCCCCCCGCCUGCUGCAGCAGGCGUACGAGGCCUGUGGCACGGAGCAGGAGCGCCUGGCCCUGCUUGCUGACCUCCCGGUGAAGACGGGCAAGCGAGCGCCACCCCGCAGGGUGGGGCCCGACCUCUCCCGCCGCAUCUGCCUCUUCCUGACCACCACUGACCCCGACCUCCUGCUGGACCUGGGCUCCUGAGCAGGCCCGUGGGUUGCACAGGGCGUCCCCUGCCUGCGGGCAGGAGUGAACACAGCCUCCCAGGGGACCCGUGGGAAACCACAGGAGGUGGUGCGCCGCGAACCCGGGGCCUAGUCAGGCAGGUGGACAUCAGACUUCGAGUUUAUUAUGGUCGCUUUCAGCCCCAGACAGGAGGAACAGAGCUGACAACAUGCAAAGCAAGUUAAGAAAAACGUGAGGCCGG